GGGGGGAACAAAAGGGAAGCAGCUGCUAGGAGUCCUGAAGGAGGAGAGGGGAACGAGACCCACAGAGCCAGCAGGACCCGCAAAGGCAGGGGCACAGGGACACACAGCAGGGAGCAAGUGCCAGCAGAGAGCCAGCCUGGGAGACCCCCACCCAGGGGUCAGAGGAGCCCAGACAGACAACCAGAGGCAGGGGACAGGGGAGGGGGAGCUAGGGCCAAAGAGGGACCAGUCAGCCACAGGGACAGAGGGACAGAGAAAGCGAGGGAGGGAAAGGAAGAGAAGGGAAGGGAGAAAAGGACAGGAAAGAGAAGAAGAGAGGGGAGGGGGCCAGGAGCAGGAGGAGCAGAAAGGCCGCCCAGACAGAGGCCGGCCAGCGAGCCAGGAGCCUUUGAAGAAGCUGCCGAGCAUCCCCGAGCUGGGGUCAGGCCAGGCCGCAGACGCAGCAUGAGCAGCCCCGUGCUCCUGAGAAGGAACUCUAGCAGACAGGGCCUGGAGAACCUCCUGAGGCUCACCACUCAGUGGAGUGUGGAGGACGAGGAAGAAGCUGCCCGUGAGCGACGCCGGAGGGAGCGAGACAGGCAACUGCAGGCCCAGGACAAGGAUGGAGGCUGCUGCUCCCCAGAAAGGCCGGAGCAGGAGGCACUCCUCAGCCUGAAGCCCUCGGAAGCCCUUGAACUGGAAGAGGACGAGGGUUUUGGUGACUGGUCCCAGAAACCAGAGCAGCGGCAGCAGCACUUGGGGGCUGAGGGGUCCUCGGACCGAGGGGAGCCCCCUCGGGCCAACAGUCCAGAGGGGCAGCAGGAAGACAGACCCCUCCAAUGUGCCUGUGAAAAUGAGGACGAUAAUGAACUGAACCUAGCCCAAGUCCAUCUGAAGGAGUCGUAUCUGAGCCAGGAGGAGCAUGGCCCAAAGGAGACCGUCCAGGACACCUCAGCUGUGGUAGAGGCUGAGGAGGCAGAUGAGAAAUGUCAGCAUCCCAGGACGACCAGCCCCUUGGACUUGGAGGGGAUUACUGAGCAGACCUCACCCCCACUGAGCCCCAGCACCAAACUGAUCGACCAGACUGAAUCCCAGAACCUCUCCAUAAAGAAGAGUAACAGUGUGAAGAAGUCCCAGGCAGCCUUGCCCAUCUCUAAGAUUGAUGAGCGGCUGGAGCAGUACACUCAGGCCAUCGAGACUGCUAGCCGGAUCCCCAAGCUAACGCGCCAGGCCUCCAUAGAGCUGCCCAGCAUGGCUGUGGCUAGUACCAAGAGUCGGUGGGAGACAGGAGAGGUGCAGGCUCAGUCCACAGCCAAGACUCCUUGCAAGGAUAUUGUAGCUGGAGACAUGAGCAAGAAAAGUCUCUGGGAGCAGAAAGGAGGCUCCAAGACCUCAUCAACAAUUAAGAGCACUCCAUCUGGGAAGAGGUACAAGUUUGUGGCCACUGGACAUGGGAAGUAUGAGAAGGUGCUUGUGGAUGAGGGCUCAGCGCACUAGGCUGCUCGUGUCCAGGUCGGCAGGUCGGGCUGGAGACACCCUCCACACUCUCAAGAGAGAAGCCAGCCAGAUGCCUGCCUGAAGUCCUGGCUAAGAAGUCACUUCCUGUUGCCAGCCAGACUGCCCUUGUCCCUCUAAUGCCCCUGCCUCCACUACCACCUCCUUUUGCAUCUGGAUCCUCCAACCUCUCUCCCUCCUACCCUCUGACCCCAGCUGCCUCUCACAACCGGGAAAUGAAAGAAACUCCCCAAUCAUGGGCUAAAGGGGCCACCCCCAGAGAGGUCAAGUGCUCCUGAAGAAGAUGGGAGAUGAAGACAGCAUGUACCUCACCAGAUCUGAGUGCCUCCUGAAGGGUGACCUCCAGGUUACAUGCCACCAACAUCUGUGCUGGAUGCUCGGGCUGUGUCCCUCCCUUGCCCCUGCUUGCAGCCCCUCCUCCAUUUUGUGUAAUAAAGCUCUGCCUAUGUCCUA